UUUAAGUUAUUAACAUGUACCUGCGGCGUCGGAUCCCCGUCGUUCGCGCUUUCCAUCACUGCCACUUCAUUCCGGAAGCGCCGGCGGAUCCCAGGGCACUGGCGGCCGCCAUCCGGAGCUCGGCUUCCCUCCGAUCCCUGAAGCCUCUCCACGCUGCCGCCCUCCGCCACCACCCCAGCGAUCUCCUCCUCUCCUCCGCCCUCGCCUCCCGCUACUCUCUCCUUGGCUCCCGCCGCAGGGCCCUCCACCUCCUCUCUGAUGCCGCCGCCGACGCCGACGCUCACCUCCUAACCUCUCGCGAUGCCUUCUUAUGGAACGCACUCAUACGCGGCCUCGCCGAUGCCGGCGCCAACGAUCGCGUGGUUGCCCUCUACCGCAGGAUGCGCGAGCUCGCACGCCCAGAUAAGUUCACCUUCCCUCCCCUUCUCAAGGCCUGCGCUCUCCUCGGAGACCUCGAGGAGGGCGUCAAGGUCCAUGGCGAUGCUGCUUACCUCGGCCUUGAUUCCGACAUCUUUGUCCGCAACUCCCUCAUCGCCAUGUAUGGCAAAGGUGGGCAUUUGGACACUGCGAGGCAGUUGUUCGACGAAAUGCCUGAGAGAAAUGUGGUCACCUGGACAACCAUGAUUGGGGCUCUCGUGCAAAAUGGGCAUUCAAAGGAAGCGCUCGCACUGUUCCAUCGGAUGCUGGAAGAGCGGGUGAGGCCCAACAGAGCAACAUUCUUGACAGUGAUCCCAUGUGUUUCCAGCUUCGACGAUGCUACCGCCUUGCACAAAUCGAUCAUCAGGCAUCGUCUUGAAUCAGAAGUGAGUGUUCAGAAUGCCAUCGUUGGGAUGUAUGCGAGAUGCGGGGAGAUUAAACGCGCACGUAAGAUGUUUGAUGAAAUUUACAACAAGGAUUUGGCAUCUUGGAGUUCGAUGAUUGAGGCUUAUGCCCAGAAAGAUAUGCUUGAGGAAGCACUGAAGCUUUUCGGAAAUAUGGGGUUGCUUGGAAUUGUGCCCGAUCGAGUCACACUUCUUGGGGUCCUUCGAGCUUGUUCAAAUUCAACAUUAGCAUCUCUAAGGCAUGUGCAACUCAUCCAUGGAUACGUGAUUAGGAGCUCACUAGUUGAGAAUGUAAUGGUUGAAACAGCGGUAAUCGAUAGUUAUGUGAAACGCGGUAGCAUAAGCACCGCUUCUAGAAUAUUUGAUAGGAUGCAAGAGCGCAAUUUGGUUACAUGGAGCACCAUGAUAUCUGGGUAUGGAAUGCAUGGGAAGGGAAAGGAGGCACUUGAACUAUUUAACCAUAUGAAUGGCCUUUUGAAACCUGAUCAUAUAUCUUUUGUUUCCGUGUUAUCGGCUUGCAGCCAUGCUGGGUUGGUUUACGAAGGCUGGCAAUGUUUUAAUUCCAUAACUACAGAGUUCGGGCUUGUGCCUCGCACCGAGCAUUAUGCAUGCAUGGUUGAUCUGCUGGGACGAGCAGGGAAGCUGGAAGAAGCUAGAGGUUUCAUUGAGAGAAUGCCCAUAAAGCCAGAUUGUAGUGUAUGGGGAUCCUUGCUCGGUGCUUGCAGAAUACAUCCAGAUGCACAAAUCGCAGAAUGGGCUGCAAACUCACUCUUUGAAUUGGAUCCCGAAAAUCCAGGUCGUUAUGCUCUGUUGUCGAAUAUCUACACUUCAUUAGGGAAGAUUGAAGAAGCCCAUCGCAUUAGAAUUACGAUGAGAAAGAGAGGAGUGAAGAAAACAUCUGGUUACAGUGUAGUGGAAUUGAAGAACAAGCUCUACAAGUUCUUAGUUGGGGACCGUUCAAACCCUCAAUCAGAUUUAAUUUAUCGGGAGCUCGAGAAACUGAUAGACAGGAUUAAAGCAGCAGGGUAUGUGCCAAAUACAAACUUCUCGUUGCACGAUGUUGAAGAGGAGACAAAGGAGAAGUCAUUGUAUGCCCACAGUGAGAAACUUGCUAUCGUUUUCGGUCUCAUUAACUCGAGGCCAGGAAGUACCAUUCGUAUACACAAGAAUCUUCGGAUUUGUGGGGAUUGCCAUACGGCUACCAAGUAUAUCUCAGAGGUCACAAAGAGGGAAAUUGUGAUGAGAGACUCACAUAGGUUUCACCAUUUCAGGGAGGGGGUCUGUUCCUGUGGGGAUUAUUGGUGAAGAAAACUGGUAGACAGACUAGAAGAUGCUAUUGGGUACACUCAAGUCAGAGUGUUUGUAUAGCCGAUUGCUAUGCACCAAUCAACAAAUUUUAAUUGUCAUUUCUUUGAUUGAUAGCUUGAUCGGUUUGUAACUGACCGAUCGAAGUUUUUGUAUAUUAUAUCUUUUGCCCUUCGAGCUUCAUCAAAGGGAAUACUCACUCUUCUAUAUUUUCCAAUCUCUCAUUUCUUAUUCUACUAGGUUUUGUUUCUUUGGAGGGAUAUGUUGAAGGAUGGAUUAGAAAUGAGAGAUUAGUUGAAGUAUGACUCAUCUUUUGUAAUUAUGCAAGACUUCACCCUAGUGAAUGGAGCUUCCGUUCAGCUAAAUGGUUACACUAAUUAGGUUUGAGUA